AGUUCUACUCUACACUAACCAGGAGCGUCGGGAGAAGAGCAGCAGCCACAAACGCGCUGGUGUAAAUGUCCAUGUAGGAUGCUCUGUACAUACACCCAGGUUUGCUGCUGAUCUUCUUAAUUUUUUUUUUUGUAUGAGUAUUUUCACUUUUUCUUGUUUUAUCACUAUUGGAUCCUUGGCAGCAAAACGCAUUUGUGUCGCAUGACCUUGCGCUGAAUGUCAAUAGGAGCGAUUAUAUAGCCAGUACGGACUACUAGGACCUAUCCUGCAAAGAUGGAUAUUGUAACACAUUUUGUCAACGACACUAUCGAAUUCUACAAAUGGAGCCUUACCAUUGCAGACAAGCGUGUGGAGAAAUGGCCUCUAAUGGACUCGCCUCUUCCCACGCUGGCCAUCAGCUCUUCAUACCUUCUCUUUCUCUGGCUGGGGCCUAAGUUCAUGCGGAACAGAGAGGCCUUCCAGCUUAGGAAGACUCUUAUUGUGUAUAACUUCAGCAUGGUCAUCCUAAACUUUUUCAUCUUCAAAGAGCUCUUCCUUGCAGCAAGGGCAGCGAAUUACAGCUACCUCUGCCAGCCGGUGGACUACUCUGAUGACCCUAAUGAAGUCAGGGUAGCAGCUGCUCUGUGGUGGUACUUUGUGUCAAAGGGAGUUGAAUACCUGGACACAGUUUUUUUCAUCCUUCGUAAGAAGUUCAACCACGUCACCUUUUUGCAUGUUUAUCACCACUGCACCAUGUUCACUCUGUGGUGGAUUGGCAUCAAGUGGGUUGCUGGUGGACAGUCCUUCUUUGGUGCUCAUAUGAAUGCUGCAAUCCAUGUCCUGAUGUAUCUUUAUUAUGGGCUGGCUGCCUGUGGGCCAAAAAUCCAGAAAUACUUGUGGUGGAAGAAGUACCUGACAAUUAUCCAAAUGAUCCAGUUUCACGUCACGAUUGGUCACACUGCUCUUUCGCUCUACACUGACUGCCCCUUCCCUAAAUGGAUGCACUGGUGUCUGAUUGGUUAUGCCAUCACCUUCAUUGUCCUCUUUGGGAACUUCUACUACCAGACGUAUCGUGGCCAGCCACGUCGUGAAGGUCAGCUCAAGUCAGCCAAGGCACUGUCUAAUGGAGCUCCUAAUGGAAUGGCAGUCAGUAAUGGAGUGAGUGGCAAGAUGAUGGAAAAGCCUGUGGUGGCAGAAAAUGGGAGGAGAAAGAGGAAAGGCAGGGCAAAGCGUGACUAGAGCAGAUGAAGUGAAGAAAAUCAAAAACAGGCAGAUAUGAGAAAGGAUGGAAGAGAUGGGACAAUUGUUAGGAGCCAGUACUUUUUGUGGGAUGCCUGAGAUGAGGAUAUGCCUGUUUGAAGGAAGCUUAAAGGUUUACUGAACUUUCUGGGGUUUGCCACCAUCAGUCAGGGUGGUUGUGAUUUGAAUAAUUUGCCCAGAACAAAAUUUUGGUCCUUCUUUUUACAGAUGUGUUUUUUUGCUGAUUUGAUGCAUAAGACACACUGUAAUGAGAACAGAAUAUUCAUGAUCAAGAAAGCCUGAUAUCUGAAUCGAAGCAUAUUAUUAUUAUUUAAAUGAUUUUUAAUAAUCAGUAUCUUCCUCUGUGUGUCUGCGUUUAAUGUCCUUAUACCUCCUAUUGUCAUGCGUUAGAUUUUGGGACUGGAUUUCAGCACGUUUACAUGCCACUCACUACAUUCUUGAGUAAAAAAAAAAGGCCAUCUCUGCUUUUUACUUUGGAUCAUAACUAAUGCCUUGAAAAUAUCCGGACUGAGCUUUUUUUUUUUUUAAACACUUCCGCUCAAUUUAGCUUUCUCUGUUCUCUAAUACAGCUCCGGCUUCAUUCUAUACAGGCUUUUAGAUAUUAUUUAUGAAUGAAAGUCAUCAUGAUCAGGGAUAAACCCUGCUUUAUAUAGCUAACAGUUUUAACAUCAACCAAUGCUUUUCACGUUUUCUGUAUUUUUAUAUUCAUUUAUUUUAAAAAGUAUUACUUUGCUAUCAAAAGUGUCAUCUUUUUUCCCCCUCAAACGGACCUUAACAGCAGCUACAGUGUGUGAUGCCUAGCUCCUGUAAAAUUGCCUUUUCCAUAAAAGUGUAAAAGGAAAAAACGUUUUUGACUUUAAACUAUAAGCAGACUUUGUCCAUAAAUACAACACAUGUCAAUGAAAAUACUCUCUGAAGUCUACCAUUGCCAUCAGGGUUAGGGGUUAAUAUUCAGCUGUACCUCAACAAGGUCUUAUAAAGCAGCGUCUCAUCAUUUUAAGUAAUUAUCCCAAAAAAUGCAAUGCUGUUGUGUUUUGUCUUCUUAAAUAAUUGUUUUUAUGUUGUAUAUGCUGUGCAGUUUUGUACAUUGUGCUUUUAAAAAUAAAAUGGCUAUCAUGAAGGUA